GAGACAUGUAAGGAGAUUAAGACGAAAGCAAUUAAUAUAACAAGUUUAUGUAGAACUUCAGCAAAGAGGAGAAAUUAGGAGAAGGAACUUAUGGAAUAGUAACUAGAGCAUUUGAUAAAAAAAGAGGAAAAGUGGUAGCUAUAAAGAAAUUGAAAUUGGAUAAUUGUGAUGAUGAAGGAGUUCCAAGCACAACCAUAAGAGAAAUAGCAAUCUUAUAAAAAUUGAAACAUGCAAACAUCAUAAAUUUAUUGGAAGUAAAAUACUUUAUGUAAGAGAAGAAGAUACUAUUGAUCUUUGAAUCGAUGCAAUGCGAUUUAAGGAAAUAUUUAGAUAAGAACCCAACUUUAUCAUUAAAUACUAUUAAAUUAAUUGUCUAUUAAAUCUUGUUGGGACUUUCGUUUUGCCACAGUCGUAGAGUAUUGCACAGAGAUUUAAAGCCGUAAAAUAUCCUAUUGAAUGAGACAAUGACAUUGAAAUUGGCAGAUUUUGGACUUUCCAGAGUGUUUCCAUUUCCCAUGCCUAAAUUCACAAAGGAAAUAGCGACUCUUUGGUAUCGAGCACCAGAACUGAUGUUAGGAGAUGACAAUUAUGGAACAGGAGUGGAUAUCUGGGCAGUUGGUUGCAUAAUGGCAGAAUGUUUAAUAGGUAGACCAUUAUUGACAGGGGAUAGUUAAGUUGAUAUGUUGUUUAAAAUGAUGGAGUUACUUGGAACUCCAACAGAUAAUUCGUAUGUUGGUUUGUCGAAGCUACCUCAUUUCAAGGUGACAUUCCCAAAAUUCUAGGGCAAAGAUUUAAUGGAGGUGAUACCUGUAUUGGAACAUGAUAGAAAGGCCUUGGAGAUUUUGCAAUCAAUGCUGUAAUUUAAUCCAGGGAAGAGACCAUAAGCAAAGGAAUUGUUAAAGCAUAAUUGGUUUGAUGAUAUAAGAAAUAAUUAUUGA